AGGCAGUGGAGGGUGGUUAUGGCACUCGGCUGGUCGGCAUCAUCAAGCCACCUCAAAAUCCGGGUAAGUGCUGCGCACAGCACAAUUCAUCAUUACCUCAACAAACUCAUUAUCAACUCCCUACACUUCUUCUACUACUUCCCCCUCCCCUUCAUUCCUCCUCAAUAUUCCAGAUCUGACUCUCUCUUUUCAAGAUAAAUCGAAAUUGGAUUACACCAAAGCCAUGCAAAUGCCAAAAUCUAGACUAAACGUAUCAGCACAAGAAGCUUUAUCGACUUCCCCUAGAGCAAGGGAGGUUGAAGGUCCUUCAAGAUGGAGUGAAUACUUGAGUCAAGAAAUGGGAACUCCAAUGCCUUCUAGAACCUCCCGGAACAACGGGUCAGAAGUAUCAUUUCAGCUUCCUGGAGUAUCACACAAGGGACUGAACAUGCAAUGGGUAUAUCAGCUUACACAAGUCGCACAAGGACUCAUGGCUAAAAUCUACAGAUUGAACCAAAUCUUGGAUUAUCCGGAUGCAGUAGGUCAUGUAUAUUCUGAAGCGUUUUGGAAAGCGGGUGUGUUCCCGAAUUGUCCAAAGAUAUGUAUAUUGCUUUCGAAGAAGUUUCCAGAACAUCAUAGUAAAUUGCAGCUUGAACGUGUUGAUAAAGUUGCUUUGGAUGCCUUAAAUGAUCAGGCUGAAGUUCACUUACAAAGCUUAGAACCAUGGAUUCAGCUACUUCUUGAUAUGAUGGCAUUUCGAGAACAAGCUCUGCGACUCAUAUUGGAUCUCAGCAGCACUGUCAUUACCCUUUUGCCCCAUCAGAACUCUCUUAUCUUACACGCGUUUAUGGAUCUCUUUUGUUCAUUUGUCCGUGUUAAUCUCUUUGCUGAGAAGUUGCCAAGAAAAAUGUUGCUCCAGAUGUAUAACCUCUUCCAUGCCAUGUUGAGAAAUGACCGAGACUGUGAUUUUUAUUACAGGUUGGUUCAGUUUAUAGAUGCAUAUGAUCCACCUUUGAAGGGGUUGCAUGAAGACCUGAAUUUUGUUAGUCCUCGCAUUGGUGAGGUCUUGGAGGCUGUGGGUCCCAUUAUAUUUCUGUCUACAGAUACACGAAAGCUUAGAAAUGAGGGUUUUCUUAGUCCUUUUCAUCCUCGUUAUCCUGACAUCCUCACAAACUCUGCACAUCCGAUGAGGGCUCAAGAUUUAGCAAAUGUAACUUCUUAUAGGGAAUGGGCACUAUUUGGCUAUCUUGUCUGUCCUGACGAGCUUCUUAGAGUAACCAGCAUUGAUAUUGCUAUGGUUGUACUAAAGGAAAAUUUAGUUCUUACUUUGUAUAGGGAUGAGUAUAUAUCGUUGCAUGAGGACUAUCUGUUAUAUGUAUUGCCACGAAUAUUGGAAUCAAAGAAAAUGGCAAAAUCUGGGCGUACGAAGCAAAAGGAAGCAGAUUUGGAAUAUAGUGUCGCAAAGCAAGUUGAGAAAAUGAUAAGUGAAGUGCACGAGCAAGCAGUUAUAUCCUGUGAUGCAAUUCAUCAUGAGAGGAGAAUAUUAUUAAAGCAAGAGAUUGGAAGGAUGGUUCUCUUCUUUACUGACCAACCUAGUUUAUUGGCUCCUAAUAUUCAGAUGGUAUUUUCUGCAUUGGCAUUGGCACAAAGUGAAGUGUUAUGGUACUUUCAACAUGUUGGAAUUAGUUCAUCAAAAUCAAAGACUAAUCGUAUAGUAGCAGUAGAAAUAAAUGCAAGUGAUCCUACUAUAGGGUUCUUGCUAGAUGGAAUGGACCGCCUUUGCUGUCUUGUACGCAAAUAUAUCGCAGCGGUUAGAGGAUAUGCUUUAUCUUAUCUAUCAUCAUCAGCGGGUCGGAUUCGGUUUUUGCUCAACACGCCUGGCAUGGUGGCACUUGACCUCGACUCCACUCUGAAAGGACUUUUUCAAAAAAUCGUUGAACAUCUUGAGAAUAUUCCAAAACCACAGGGUGAAAAUAUCUCUGCUAUUACAUGUGAUCUAUCGGAAUUACGUAAAGACUGGUUAUCAAUUCUGAUGAUUGUUACAUCCGCCCGUUCGUCUAUUAACAUUAGACAUUUGGAGAAAGCGACAGUGUCUACUGGAAAAGAAGGAUUGUUAUCCGAAGGGAAUGCUCUAUACAAUUGGUCCAGAUGUGUUGAUGAACUUGAAUCUCAGCUUUCAAAACACGGGAGUCUGAAAAAGCUAUACUUCUACCAUCAACAUCUUACAACUGUUUUCAGGAAUACGAUGUUUGGACCCGAAGGGCGCCCCCAACAUUGCUGUGCAUGGCUCGGUGUGGCUAGCAGCUUUCCGGAAUGUGCCUCUACGAUUAUUCCCGAAGAGCUAACUAGAAUCGGUCGAGAUGCUGUUUUAUACGUCGAGUCCCUAAUCGAGUCCAUUAUGGGAGGGUUGGAAGGUUUAAUCAACAUCCUUGAUUCAGAAGGAGGUUUUGGUUCUUUGGAGAUGCAGCUUCUGCCAGAGCAGGCGGCGAUUCUCAUGAACAUGACAUCUAGACUUUCGAUUCCUUCUGCAAAAUCUCCGAGGGGCGUAUCCGGUAUGCAUUUGCCAGGCUAUGAAAGUUAUCCUGAAAAUAAUAACUCCAUUAAGAUGUUGGAAGCUGCCAUGCAAAGGCUAACAAAUCUUUGCUCGGUUUUGAAUGAUAUGGAGCCUAUAUGUGUUUUAAAUCACGUAUUCGUCUUGAGAGAGUACAUGAGAGAAUGCAUUCUCGGGAACUUCAGGAGAAGGCUGCACGCUGUAUUAAAAUCAGAUACUGAUCUUCAACGUCCCACCGUUCUCGAAUCGCUAAUCCGUAGACACGUAAGCAUAAUCCACCUGGCAGAGCAACACAUCAGCAUGGACCUCACACAGGGUAUGCGUGAAGUCCUAUUGACCGAGUCCUUCUGUGGGCCCGUUUCAUCUUUACACACAUUUGAUAAACCCGCUGACCAACACACCGGGUCUGCCAUUGACGCUGUAUGCAACUGGUACGUUGAGAACAUCGUGAAAGACGUUUCGGGAGCCGGGAUCCUCUUUGCACCACUUCAUAAAUGCUUUAAAAGUACGAGGCCCGUUGGCGGUUAUUUCGCAGAGGCGGUAACCGACCUUAAGGAACUACAAGCUUUUGUCCGUACGUUUGGCGGCUAUGGAGUUGAUCGACUUGACAGGAUGAUGAAAGAACAUACCGCCGCCCUUUUGAACUGCAUCGACACGUCACUGAGGGCAAAUCGGGAAGCGUUAGAGGCGGUUUUGGGCAGCAUUCACUCAGGUGACCGUAUAGAACGAGAAGCGAAUGUACGACAGAUAAUCGAUGUGGAAACGGUUAUUGGGUUCUGUAUUCAAGCGGGUCAAGCUAUUGCUUUUGACUCUCUUUUAGCAGAAGCUGGCGGAGCCGUUCUUGCUGAAGGUGCACCAUUGAUACACUCGUUAUUAACUGCCGUGUCAACACAUUUACCCGUUGAAAUACCGGAGAAAAAAGAAAUUCGGAGGAUGAGACGGGUGGCUAACGGUGUUGGGGUGGUGGCCGAUCAUGAUUCUCAAUGGGUUAGAGAAAUAUUGGAAGACGUUGGCGGCGCAAGUGAUAAUUCAUGGGGUUUGUUACCGUACUUAUUUGCGACGUUUAUGACUUCUAACAUAUGGAAUACUACGGCCUUUAAUGUCGAUACGGGUGGGUUCAACACUAAUAUUCACUGUUUGGCAAGGUGUAUUUCUGCUGUGAUUGCUGGAAGUGAGCUAGUUAGAGUUGAAAGAGAAUAUCGACAGCGACGGUUGUAUUCAAACGGCCAUGCUGGCGAUACUGCGGAGCCUGAAAUGCCGGAUUACGCGUCUGUUGAGUCAAACAUAAAGUCAACUAUACACCUUUUUGUCAAAAUAUCUGCAGGGAUUGCACUGGAUUCUUGGAAUGAAAUCGACAGGUCUCAUAUGGUGGCAAAGUUGAUAUUUCUGGACCAGUUAUGUGAAAUCUCUCCAUACCUACCACGAACUACACUUGAAAUGCACGUUCCUUAUGCGAUUCUCCGGUCCAUAUACAGUCAAUACUAUGGAAAUUCCCCUUCUAACCCUCUGGCACUUCUAAGUAUAUCACCACGCAGUUCGCCAGCUGUGUCGGUGGGUCAUGCUUCACCUGCCAUUAGGCAUCCUUAUGGCGACUCAACGCCACAAUCGAGCCAUGAUUCAGGUUACUUCAAGCCUGGAUCAGCACACGGUCAAGAUCAGCCCUAUGACGGGCAUGCGCGUCAAGAUCACAAACAUAGAAAUGGGAGACGGUCUGGUCCGUUGGAUUAUAGUUCCAGCCAAAAAGUGAAGUCAGUCGAGGGCUCGACAUCUGGCAGCCGAGGUCCCAGUCCGUUGCCAAGAUUCGCUGUUUCAAGAUCGGGUCCCAUAUCUUACAAAUAGAGCCGUUGUUGUAAUACAAAUUCAAUGUAUGUGCUAUCCUCAUACCAGUGUCUACUUUGAAUGAACAAGUUGGUGAAUUUUAGUUUUAUUCAAUUAAUGAUGCCUUUAUUUUGUUA